AGGGUUGACAGAGGGGUGCUGCUGCUCUCGAGCGCGUAUACGCCGCGUAUCAGACCCAAGUGGACGGUGGUUUAAAUAGCAGCACGGAUUCGUCGCAUGGUAUGAGAAGAUGUCUGUCAACGAAGUGUAUAUGUGUCGGCCGUUCAAGUUGAUCGCACUGCUGUGCAUCUUCCUGGCUCUGUGUCUGGACGUGGUCGCUCUGGUGAGCCCAUCCUGGGUCACCGCGGACCACUUCUCUUUGUCCCUAUGGGAGUCCUGCACGAAGUCUGCUGCGCGAAGUCUAACCGAGACGGAGUCCGAGUCCUGGAAUUGUUUUUCCACCCUAUCCUCUGACUGGCAGAUAGCCACCCUGGUGCUGCUGCUGGGCGGGGCGGUGGGCACCCUGGUGAGCUUCCUGGUGGCGCUCAUCUCUCUGUGCCGGGGCACCCAGAGGAGACUGUACCGCACCGUGUCCGUGCUGCUCUUCACCUCAGCGGUCCUCCAGGCCUGCGCCCUGGUCCUCUACCCCAUCAAGUUCAUCGACGGGAACGUCCUGCAGACGUACCACGAGUUCAACUGGGGCUACGGCCUGGGCUGGGGCGCCACCAUCUUCAUGCUGGGCGGCGGCAUACUGUUCUGCAUGCGCACGGACAUAUACGAGGACGGGAUGUACUGAGCUAGCACAGUGGCAUACACACACACACACAUGCACACAGUAAUGCACGCAGUAAUGCAGCAUACACACAAACACGCUUUCCUCCGCUGAAGGUGUGCUGUGUCCUUUGUUCAUUUUAGAUAGAGGGUGUUAAGAUGGAUACUGCUCCUAUUUGGAGCAGUAUCCCCCCCCCCCCCCCCCCCCCCAACACACACACACACUCCACUCCACUCAAGGUUGCCCUGGCAACGGCCCGUGCUUGGGUGAAAAAGGUUUCUGGACAGAGAUUGGCUGCUGCUAUGGUGGAACGCUUAUGAAUUUGUUGAGGAGGAUAUUUAUUGAUGGACUGUACAUACAGGAUUGUUUUUCCUUUUUUUGUUCUUUACUUUCUCGUGUAAUAUAUUCAAUUUUUUUAUUUUAUUUCCGUGAUGUUUUUAGUUACUGUUGUCGAAAAAGGCGUUAUUUAUCUGUUUCAAAAUAAAAGCAUAAGCAUUGUGUCAAUCGUCUUAAUGAAAUGUGUAGUAAAUAAUAGCGUUUAAUGUUUGGUGUUGCUGUAAAUAUGUCUUUAGUGUAUUUCUCAUCGAUCAGUAAGAUAUGAAUAGUAUAAAGGUAUUUUUGCAAACAUACUCAUAAAAUUUGUUUUCAAUAAAGGUUACUGUUUACAUAAAUGUGUU